AUGGUCUUUCUCAGUAGGCAGAUUCAUUUCCUGUGCAGCCAGAAGGACAGUGAUGUGCUUAAACCUUUGAAGAUGCUUGUUUCUAAAGAAGCCGAUGUUGAUAUCGUGUUGCAUAUUCUGAAAAAGGGCGAUGAUGGAUCUGACUUAAUGCCUGAAGGCAAGUUUCUUGAAGCAUGGUCUGAAAAGCUGCACAGAUCAAGGUUAAAGCUUUUUGAUGUGUCAAGUGGCAUCUCUGAACUUCUUGCUGUGAAAGAUGUCACCGAGAUUAUGUAUGUGAAGAAGGCUGCAUUUUUGGCUGCUUCGGUUAUGCGGAAGUAUGUAGUUUCUAAGGUGGAGAAGAUCAUAGAGGAUGAAAAGAAGAUAGCACAUUCAAAGCUGAUGGUUCUGACAGAGAAGAUACUACUUUCCCCAAUGAAUGUAGAUGUUAAACUGAAGGCAGAUAAUGUUGACAUAUGCUACCCACCCGUUUUUCAAAGUGGAGGCAAGUAUGACCUUAGGCCAUCUGCUUCUAGCAAUGAUGAUGAUCUGCACUAUGAUUCUGGAAGCGUCAUCAUCUGUGCUCUGGGAGCCAAGUACAGUGGCUACUGCUCAAAUGUCGCAAGAACCUUCCUGAUUGAUUGUAAUGCAGAAAAAUGCAAUGCAUAUAAAGUCCUCAGUCAGGCGCAUGAUGCUGCUAUUGCUGCUUUGACACCAGGUAGCAAGUGUUGUUCCAGUUACCAGGCUGCAGUUACUGUGAUCAGGGACAAAGCUCCUGAACUAAUUCCUUUCCUUACCAAGUCAGCUGGAACAGGAAUGGGCAUCGAGUUCCGUGAAUCUUGGCUGUCCUUGAGUGAGAAAAAUGACCGGACGCUAAAGGAAGGGAUGAUUUUCAAUGUUUCACUUGGGUUUCAAAACCUUAUAGACAAGACCAACAAUGAGAAGACCAAGGAAUUCUCCCUAUGGCUGGCUGACACUGUUCUGGUCUGCAAGGAAAAUCCAAAAGUCUUGACAUCUUUUAUCUCCAAGGCUGACAGCGAUGCCUUCUACUUAUUUGAUGAGGAAAAUGCAGGAUUAGCUGCUGUGAAACAAGCUCCGAAAGCAAAUGUUUUGGUCCCGGUUAAACCAGUGCUAAAUCCAUUGAGAGAAAAUCUGCGAUCCCAUAGCAGGACACCUAAGGAGGACCUUAGGAAACAGCUUCAGUCAGAAAUCUUAAAGAAGAAAACUAGUGAGGCAGCAGUGAGAAGUGACGUUGCUGAUCAUAAGUUGUUGGAGGGACUUGGUCGUUCCAGAGCUAUGGAUGAACUGGUUGCAUAUAAGAAUGCAAAUGAUGUGCCUGUUUCCAAUCGACUGGACAUUAUUCAGGUGGACAAACAGAAUGAGGCUAUCCUGUUACCAAUAUAUGGAGUUACUGUUCCCUUUCAUGUUUGUACCAUAAGAAAAGCAGAAAUUCGUGGGGAAAGCAGCAGUGGAGUUUAUGUCAGCAUUACAUUUAAUGUUCCUGGCACUGCUUCUGGUCUUCAAGAUCCCCGCUUGCAGAACCUUAUUUUUUUGAAAGCAGUCACCUUCCUCUCAAAAAACAGAAGUCAUGCUGAAGAGGUUAUUAAAUCGGUGAAGACUGUUCAAAAAGGAGUCACUGAAAGAGCUAGGAGAGCGAGCUUGUUUCCUGAUUUGUGGAUACGGCCAUCAUUUGGUGGCUGUGGGCGGAAGGUCGCUGGAACUUUGGUGGCCCAUGUCAAUAGUUUUCAAUAUUCUGCAUCGAAAACUGAAAAGGUGGAUAUUAUGUUCAGCAACAUAAAACAUGCCUUCUUCCAGCCAGCUGAGAGAGACAUGAUAACGCUGCUCCACUUCCAUCUGUACAAUGAAAUCAUGGUGGGCAACAAGAAGACUAGAGAUGUGCAGUUCUACACUGAAGUGAUGGAUGUUGUGGACUCGGUUGGAGGUCUUAAGCGCUGUUCAGCACGGGAUCCUGAUGAGAUUGAGGAAGAGCAGCGCGACAGGGCACGAAGGAAGAAAAUAAAUGGACAGUUUGAGCUGUUUGUGAAAAGGGUUGUUUCUGUUUGGUCCCAGCCAAGAUUUCAGCAGCUCGGCUUACAUUUUGGAAGGCCAUCACAGAAGCUUGGCUUCAAUGGAGUCCAUGGCAGAACAACUUGUUUUAUAGUUCCUACUCCAAGUUGCCUGGUGCAGCUUGUUGAAUCACCGUUUCUUGUGACUUCGCUGAGGGAGGUCGAGAUAGUAUGCUUGGAAAGGGUGGCCCUGGGGCAGAAAUCCUUUGACAUGGUGUUUGUAUUUCAAGAUUUAAAGCGAGAUGUUGUCCGCAUAGAGGUCAUUCCAAUGGCAUCUCUUGAUAAGAUCAAAGAUUGGCUUAAUGACUGCAACUUGAAGUACUAUGAAUCGAAGCUGAACCUUAACUGGCGAAUGGUCCUCAAGAAGCUGGACGAGCCAGGUUGUGACACAAAUGACAGGUGGGAAUUCUUGAAUCCAGAUGCUACUGACUCAGAUUCAGAGGAUUCCGAGACAGACGAUGAUAAGUACGAACCUUCUGAUGCGGAGUCAGCCUCUGAUUCGGAUGAUGAAGACAGCGACAGCGAAUCAGUGGUGGAUUCUGGCGAGGAUGAGGCUGUCUCGGCUGGCUCAGAUGACGACGACGACGCUGCCGAGUCAUGGGAUGAGAUGGAGCGCAAGGCGAGGGAUGCCGACAUGGAGAUGGGCAGCGAAGACGACAGCGAAGACGAGAGGCAGCAGCGGAGGGAGAAAGCAAAACGGCAGUUGAAUCCCCAGCAGUCCAAGGGUGUUCCCCAGAAGAGGCAGCGUGUCAACUGA